GCUAAUACAAUUAUAGAGACAGUUUGUAAAGAAAUUAUAGAAGUUUCUUUAGAGUUCACAAGUAGUGUUCUAGUAGAUUUCGAAACUACAAAUAAUAUAGAUGAAGAGUUAGCUAUUGAAUCAGAUAAAACAACCGAGUUACUUGUAGAAAUAGAAUCAAGUGAUGAACAGGGUCUUCAACUUUCAGCAGGAGAUUCAUUUUCAUCAUGGGAUUUAACUGAAGUGCAUCUUAAUAAUUAUGCUAAAGCUGUAGGAUUCUCUUUAUAUCGAAACUGA